AUGAAUACAAAAUCUGCCAUGCAGACUCCGACUCCGGUGUUCUUCCCCGGCGAUCUCAUCAUCGAGAUCAUUCUUUUUCUUCCUGUAAAAUCUCUUCUUCGAUUCAAGUGUGUAAGUAAUUCUUUGAACACUCUCAUUACCGAUCCUACUUUUGCUAACUUACACCUCAAGAAAUCAAAAACAUCAUCAAAUCCGCAAUUCACAUUAAUCACUAAUCACGUCAAGCCUAGUGUGGAUAGUGAUUGGAGUAUCAUUCCGUACCCUAUAAGCCAUUUAGUCGAUAAUCCGUCGGCUACAUUUGUUGCUGAUUCUCAUUAUCUUUUAAAUUUAAAGGAUAAAGAAUGGUCUAUGGCGGGUUCAUGCAAUGGAUUGAUCUGUCUCGUUGAUUAUAGUUCCACUAACGGAGGUUUUAAAUAUCAAAAAUAUCAAGACUACAGGUUGCGAUUAUGGAACCCGGCCACUAGAAAAAUAUCUCAAAAAAUUGGUUAUUUUUGUGGUGUACGCGGUUUUGUCUUCAAUUUUGGUUGGGAUGAUUCCACGUGCUCGUUUAAAGUGGUUGCAUCACGCUUUAGUCGUCUUAGUGGUACAAGAGAGGUGAAAGUUUUCACUAUUGGUGAUAAUGUUUGGAGAGACAUUGAACCUUUCCCUUUCCCUGCUGUACCUAUUGGUUUGGAUUGGCGUGGACAACGAAUAGAUAAGGGAUACGAAUAUGGUUGUGUGUUUUUAAACAACACUUUUAACUGGUUGGCUACUCGCUUACCCGGAGGCCUCAAUUGGAGGUUAUUUUUAACUGUUGAGGACCUUGUUAUUGUUUCACUGGAUCUGGGGACGGAGACAUACAAUCAGUAUCGGCUGCCUCAGGGUUUUGAAAAGCUGCCACGCGAAGAGCCAACUAUUGGAGUGUUGGAGGAAUGUCUUUGUUUGUGUUAUUCUUAUAAGGAAACCGAUAUUGUUAUAUGGCAGAUGAAGGAAUUUGGGAUUGAAGAGUCUUGGAUUCAAUUUCUUAAAAUUAGCUAUCACAUUUUUCAAUUAGACUAUGAUAUUUCGUUCUUACCAUUGUUUCUUUCUGGUGAUACAUUGGUAUUGUGUAGUUCUAAAAAUGAGGAAGCAAUUCUUUAUAAUUGGAGAGAUAAUAGUAUAAAGCGAAUAGAAGUUAAAGUACACAAAACUAUUAUUGAUGAUAAAACUCACAAUUCGUUAUACUUGAGUCUGGCUCAAGGUUAUGUUGAAAGCUUAAUUUCAGUUUGUUGA